GAAGUCCGAGUUGCCGCCAUUAGAGCGACCGGUCACGCUCGUAAUUGAAUUUGCAAGUUUCUCGAGGGACAGAACGAUUUCAUCAUCGUCUUCCGCUAGCUCGUCGUUCACUCUUUUCUUCGUAGAGGGAAAACUUGGAAAAAUUCCUAUCUUUCUCCCUGUGGUGCAACUGGUUGGAAACAUUGGACUCUAGACUCGAAUCGAUUCGAGUCAAUUCGUGAUUGGAUUUCUUUGAUUUCACGUUCGUUAUUCGUUUUUUUUCAUUUAAACCGCGCGGGUAAAGGCGAGUUUUUAAAAAAGUUUAAAGUCUCAAGAGUGAUAUUGUUCUUUGCACGAAUUUAUCGUUAUCUUUUCUAAGAUAUUAAAUAAUAAUGGUUUUCAAAAAUUUUAAAGUCAUAAUUAAUAUGUAUUUUAUAACACUUAAAUUUUCCACGCGAUUUUGAGGCGAUAAGAAUUCUUGUUGCAGCCAAUUAGAAAGGUAGACAAACCAACCAAUUAAAAAAUGCCAUUAGACAAGCGUUGCGUCAUUCGUUUGUCGAAAAUUAUCGUGAUAUGUCGACUUGAGACGUUUGAUUUCAAUUACGCAAAACUUCUUAUAACCUUCCCAAGUUACAAUCGACUUAUUAUAGUCGAACAGUCUCCCCUCUCCAAUUUGAAAUUCGAUACGAUUAUUAUGGCUCGGAGCGACAUUGUGCUAUCGAUAUUCGUGGUGAUGGAAGCGUUAUUUUUCCGUGAGAUUAUUAGCUGAUUGCUGAUGAAUUCGAGUGCGGGAAAAUUUUCGAUAUGUAGACGCCAUGUGAUAUAUUGUGUGUUCUUUAUUUGUUGCGUAGUUUUUUUAAUUCUUUAGAGAAUACGUAAAAUUAGAGUCAGUGAUUAGAUUGUUCCUAUCCAUUGAUAUAUAUAUAUAUUUUUUUUAAUGUCGAGUAUGUAUAUGUACAAUCUAGUCAAUGUUUCUCUCAAGAGGUUAAGACAAACAUCCAUACGAAGAUUUUUUCCACGAUUUUGACAAUUUAUAAUUUUCACGAUGUAUUAAUAGCAACGCAGAUUCUUCGUAUCUAGUGAGGACCGUGGUUUCCGAUCACCUAGUCACAGUACUGCACGCCAGUGGACGGAGGCUGCAUCGAAGGCAGUUCUUGUCUCACGAUGGGACGAAGUCGUUGUUUUUCCUGGCUUUUUGUGUGGUUCACGGUAAUCGUGAAACGAGUCAAGUUUUCCGACGUUUCACGAAUGUGAAUCCCCGACGGACGUGGCGUCCACAGGAAUAGAACAACUUCCGAGGGAUUUGGAAGCGGCUUUAGUGUGACACAGGGCGGUGUCAGGUUAGGUUUUGAGGAUGGCAGUGGUUUCUGAUCGUCUAGUCACAGUGCUGCACGCGGAUGGGCGGAGAACCGCAUCGAAGACAGUACACGUCUCUUGAAUAAAUAUUGUUCGAGCAUUUCAAACAAACUUUUUAUUAUUUACACAGAAAAGGUGAAGGAGCGAAUCGCAAAGCUGGCUGGGUUGGCAAGCUGCGUCUCGACGAUGGUCGACGACGAGGAACAAGAGGAGUUCCGUUGCACGGGGAGCGACGUCGAGAUCGAGGAGUACACCGACACCGAGGACUCGCCAUAUGUCGCUUAUCAGGCCACCGAUAAGCUGUUUGAUACGGACAGGGCGACUUGGCAAAAAUUCAGCUUCAUCGCCACCCUCCUGACCGUCGUCGUGUCCAUUACCUUUUUGAUUAUCACCUAUCCUCUUUAUCUCGAAAGUGUCAGCUACGUGUCCAACGCUUACACAGGACUUCUCUUCACUGCCUUUUUCUCUGCCUUCAUCCUGGGCAUUGUGUGCUUCAUCUGGGGAAGAAUAUAUCCACUACCGGCUCUGAUACCAAACAGCUUGCGAAUCAAAAUACCCCGUUGCGCCCUUCUAAAAAUUAGCCUGAUCUACGCGUUCUCUGGUAUAGUGAUCACCCUUUCCAUGGACCGGGACAGAGUUCUCUGCCACCUACAGGAUCCCAUAAAGGGCAUCACGCUGGUCUUCUCCCUUGUCUAUUACUUCUUCUUCUGUCGCAAAAUGAUGAGCUUGCAGAGGAUCUUUUCAAGCACCACGAUAAUAGUGGGUCUUUUCAUAAGCGUGGAUUACGGCCUCUGCGAUGAAUUUCGAUGCAGGGGGCGGGAGGUUUCAGCGCACGUCACAACUGUAAAGGGAAGUUGGGGUGUGAAAGCCAUUUGGACGUUCGUUUACGUGGGCGCCCUCGCUGCUUUCGCUAUGUUCUUCACUCUGCUAGAGGGACACUAUACCACUGAGCAACAGAACAUGUGUCAAAUAAUGGCCAGCCAGCAGAACUCUUUCCUAUACACGGUUUCAAGAUUAGUGUCUUCUCGAGACAUUCGUCGACGAGGAUCAGAGGAGGAGGGAGGUAGACUGCUUCAUGUAACCGAUCCUGACCCUACCGUGAAACCAAAACACAUUCCAAAGCCUCCAAUACUUGAGACGCUCUUCUGCAUUCAUCUGAUCGCCUUGUUCGCCAUUCUGUCAAUGUGUUGGAUUGAUACGUUACCAGGAAUAGGCAGGGGAUUGUCUCCAGUAGAGCUAUACCAUACCGUAGAGCAUGGGUUCACGUGCCAUUUCAACAACAGCGAAGCUUGUUCGAAUAUUUCUACCCACGGUUGGAUCUUCUUGAUCGCUUACAUAGUAUUCUCGAUUUCCGCGCUCAACUUUCUUUCAAUGUGCGAGAGCGCUGUCUUCACUGUUGCCGCCGCCACUGUGUCCCUUCCUCUGUCUGGUAUCUGGUGGAGCAUUUAUAAAAUGGAUGUUCAUGGUGGUUUCAUCACAUGGUCUCCUGGAGUGACGGGAGAAUUGAUCUGUGCACUGCUAGGUCUUCCUGUAGUACUUCUAGGCUUGGGUCUCCUCGUUAGGUCGCACUUCCGGGAUACUCAGUCCUAUUAUCUAACCAUGCAAUCACCUAAUGUACAAUGUGAAUCUUGUCAAAGAUGAACAUCUCUUAGAAGACCAUCUUAAAAGCCUUCUUUUGAAAGAUCUUCAAAAUCUAUCUCCAUCUAGAGUCUUAACUCUGGAAUAUAAAAAGUAUACAUAGUAAUCAUUCUACAAAUUUUUGUUUAAAAUUUUUGCAUAGUAAAAAAAAAAAAAUUUGACAUUGAUAUUUUAUAAAAAUUAAAUAUAGUAACAAGAAGAAAGUGAAUACUCUGUGUAAGAGAGAAUUGUGCAGUAAUGAUAUUAGAAUUGAUU